AUGUCUAAAGUAACAUCCAUGACGAAUGCAGUUCGUGCAGUUAAUAAAAGGCCUUUUAGAGUGUCUAUAGAAGGGAAUAUUGGCUCAGGAAAAUCAACUUGCAUCAAAUAUUUUGAUAAAUAUCACAACGUUGAAAAGCAUGCUGAACCAAUACAAGAGUGGAGAAAUGUCAGUGGUCACAACCUACUGGGGCUUCUCUACAGUGAUAUGAACGAGUGGAGUUUUGCCUUCCAACAUUAUGUUCAUCUCAGCCGACUGAAGAUACAGACCAGCCCACCUUCAAAUCCUGACAUCACAGUUAAGAUGUUUGAAAGAUCAGUACAAAAUAGUAGGCAUUGCUUUGUGGAAAAUGCCAAGAAACAGAACUUUCUUCAGGAUUCUGAAUAUGAAGUUCUCGCCAAAUGGUUUGAUUACACUGAGAAGACACUUGACAUCAGUUUAGAUCUUAUAGUAUAUUUAAGGACCACACCCCAAGUGGUAUGGGAGCGCAUGAUGAAACGCGGCAGAGCUGAAGAAUCUGAAGUUCCUUUGGAUUAUUUACAACAGGUCCAUGACUCAUAUGAAAAUUGGCUGAAUUCUCCCGACGUAGGUUGCGAAGUGUUAACUAUAGAUGCUGACAGAAGUAUAGACUGUGUUAAGGAUGAUUUAGAACGGUAUUCUUACAAAAUAUUAGGCGGUAAUCAUACAAAUUAA